AUGACGGCCUUAUGUUUAAGCAGGACAGCAGAGAGCUUCAUCAUUCAUUUUCUCAGGUUUGCCCCUGGUAUCCUGAGGAGUUCUGUGCUCCAGGGAAACUGUCCAGAGCAAUUAUUACCAUAUGUCAAUUCCAGUAAUGUUGAGGUAUUACCUCUGCACAGGGCCUUUGGACUUUUGCAGUGGAAAAGUUUCAGAGUUUUAAUCCGUGGCUUUCCUUUAGCUUUGUAAUUUUUUUCCCCUCCCCACUGUAUGGUUUCUAAUCUAUCAGCAGCAAAGAAAUAACAUGCAGGUCAUUUUUCAUGCUUCUCAAUAACUUCUUUUGGUUGUUGUUGCUUUUAUCUAGAUUCUUGUUUCCCUGUUUUAAAAAGAAUUUUUUUUUUUACAAUUCAAAGGUAAGAUACUGUUUUAUGCUCUAGUAACUUCAAAGGGGUAGACAACUUUUUUACUGGGCUGAGGUCUGUUUGCUGGGUAAAUACAGCUGGUCUGUUUGAGCCCUGUGUUUUGUGCUGUUCCACAGCUCCUGGUGCAGUUGGCAGAACGGAAUGGCUGUGAGAGCUUGUGGCUUGAUCAUCUACAGGAGGCUACAGCCAGCACCAUCCUCUAACAGCAUCGAGUACCUCCUGCUUCAGACAUCAUAUGGGACCCACCACUGGACCCCGCCCAAAGGCCAUGUGGACCCAGGGGAGGAUGACCUGCAGACAGCCUUCCGGGAAACACAGGAGGAGGCUGGUCUGCAGGCCAGCCAGCUCACCCUCAUCGAGGGCUACAAGAAAGAGCUGCAGUACCCUGUCCGUGGCAAGCCUAAGACUGUCGUGUACUGGCUGGCAGAAAUAAAGGACUGCAACACAGAAAUCAAGCUGUCGGAGGAGCACCAAGCUUUCCAAUGGCUGAAGCUGGAGGAUGCCUGCAAACUUGCAGAGUAUGAGGACAUGCAAGAAAUGCUGAAAGAAGUGCAUCAGUUUCUCUGCUCCAGAGAUUAAGUGUUUUUGUGAAGUAUAAGGGGAUUUCUUGAGGAGAUGAGUCUGCUUUUUAUGUUUUAGACUUGAGGAAGAAUUAUAUGGCUGCAGAAAUGUAGAUUUCUUUUUUUUUUUUUUUAAUCUGUAGAAAUUCAGUGAGGAUACAUGGAGCUUUUAAAGAGAUUGUGCUUUUGUCUCCCCUAGCUAGCACAAAAACGCAUAGUCUGGUUGAACCAUAAGCCAGAGAUGUCUGAAUUGAAGCCCAGAGCUAACAAAAGUCUCUGUCUUUUUUUCUUUUUCUUUUUUUCCCCCCUUUCUUUUUAUUCCUUGAAGUGCUGAACAACCACAGGUCUUUUUGAAAAAUCACUUUUUACAUCUUGACUUGCUGAUGUGAAGCUAGAGAGUUGAGAAAAUGAGAAUAUGGGGAUUUUUAAUAACUAAAUGCUUAUUGCAGAAGUCAUACCUUGAAUUUCAAAUGAAGAAGCAGUAGUUCUAUUCCCAGCUCUUCCAGUGAUACACAGUGAUAACAUGUCAUAUCAUUUCGGGUAUUUUUUGUUUGUAUCAUAAAUGUAUGUACAUCCCUAAUAUACUGUCAUGAGAACAUUUUCCCUCCAGAGAUAAUUAGUAAAUGGUUGAGGUACAGUAUUUAAGUGGUGAAUUAAA